AUGGUUAAAUCUCCUCUUUCUACACCGAUCACCGAUUUUUGCGAGCUCGGACAACGAGCGAUUAAGGUCGAACGAUUCGAAAUCCGUUAUAAAGCUGUGCGACUUAAUUUCGCCUUCACGUGCAAAUGUGUCUCGAAAGUUCCAAACGCGAACGCACCACCACCGAUAGACGCUAAUCUGAUGGCACAACAACAAAUCCAACAACUUCAGGAACAAGUGCGUAAGCAACAAGAAAUCAUCAACAGAGCGAACCAACAGAAGACUGGAUUUGAACAAUUUACACAACUUAUACAGAUAGCAAAUUCCAUGGAAUGCAGCUGUGUGGGUGACAAUUUAGCCACGCGAGAACGGUUCGGUCAACCAUUCGGAGCUAUAGGAACUGGCAAUACAAUGGGCGUACCAGGACUACCAGGUCAACUUCGUGGCGACAGCCUCAGCGCAUUCCCAGGCGCUCAAUUUCUUGACGCUCACCCAGCGACUCCUAUGGACUACGGUCAAAUUCAUGGCGUUCCUCUAACAGUUCCAUUUCAGUCAAGGUUGCAACCGAUUCUUAAACAUCGAUUGUUUUGA